AUGCCCGGCGAAUUCAGUGAUUCUGACCUUGAUGGCUUCAUUGUAAACAGCCAGGAUACGGCCUUCAAGUCUCCAGAAAAUGACGCCUAUUCAGCGCGUCCGGCGAAGCGAAGACGCUUGAACAAUGCCGCCUCUUCACGAGCAACCAGCGAGAAUAACAGAACAGAUUCGUCUAGCGAAUACGGAAGCGAUGGAUUCGAAGACGACUUCCCGCUGCCGCCGCGUCGGCGCAAUCGAAAAUUCGAGGAUGAUGGAAGUGAAGAGGAACCCCAGUCAAAAUACAAGAUCUUCGUUCCCAAGAAGACCAGCAUCCAGGAAAAUACGUUUGUGUCGCAGUUGACGCAACCGCAUUCAAGCCCAUCUCAGAUUCGAGGUCCCCGAUGGAAGAAGCCAGACCCACCAGCUCAACAGACAAAUACACUUGGAAAUAUUGGCAGUGCAACUCGAUAUAACAACGAUGACGAUGAUCUCCGAGCUGCCAUAAAAGCCUCGUUGCAUUCCUUUGAAGAGGAGCGGGGUGGUCCGCCGAAUUUAGCAAACGAAACUAUAACACAAAAUGUCCCGAAUACAACGCGUCCAGCAGCUGCGAGGCAACAAGAUGCAAGCUUUGAUUUUGACGAUAUCCCGGAAGAUGCGUUCGACUCGUCUCCAUGUUUGUCUCCUUCGGCUGAACCCACUACCUCGAAUCUUGUCACCCAAUUUUCAAGCAGACCAGCCCUAUCUCAACGCACGAAUCUUCGGCAGACGACACUGUUUCAGUUGGCCACACGAGACCCAGCACAAGCAACCCGUUACGUGUCGCCUCCACCGAGAGAUGAGCCACCUACACACCAUAGAUUGAAUGACCAUGCAUUACAGACAUGGGUAUACCCUAUCAAUAUAGGCAGUGUUCGAGAUUAUCAGUUCAAUGUUUCUCAGAAAGGGCUGUUCCACAACCUUCUGGUGGCUUUGCCUACAGGUCUUGGAAAGACAUUUAUCGCUGCUACUGUGAUGUUGAAUUGGUUUAGAUGGACCAAAGACGCUCAAAUCGUAUUUGCUGCUCCAACAAAGCCAUUGGUUUCCCAACAAGUAGCGGCUUGUUUGGGCAUUGCGGGCAUUCCUCGUUCCCAGACAACUCUCCUUACGGGUAAUGUUCCUCCAGGAACUCGUGCUGAGGAAUGGCAGACAAAGCGAGUAUUCUUUAUGACACCUCAAACAUUGAUCAAUGACCUGAAAACGGGAAUUGCGGACCCAAAACGCAUCGUCUUGUUAGUUGUCGACGAGGCUCACCGAGCCACCGGUGGCUACGCCUAUGUUGAGGUUGUGAAGUUCUUGCGGCGUUUCAACCAAAGCUUUAGGGUUCUGGCAUUAACGGCAACUCCUGGAUCUACUGUGGAGGCGGUUCAGGCCGUCAUUGACGGUCUAGAUAUAGCGAGGGUGGAAAUUCGUACCGAGCAGUCCCUCGAUAUCAGAGAGUACGUACACUCACGCAAUGUCGACGUCCAAACAUUUACGAACUCCGAAGAAAUGGUACUUUGCAUGGAUCUUCUGUCUAAAGCAUUGCAGCCGAGUGUGGAUCAGCUGCGAAAUAUGAAUGCCUACUGGGGACGCGAUCCAUUAACUCUUACUGCGUAUGGCCUCACAAAGGCGCGACAACAGUGGAUGGCCUCUGAUGCUGGGCGAAACGCCAAUUUCGGGAUAAAAGGAAAGAUCAACGCUCUCUUCACCGUCCUGGCUAGUCUAGCUCAUUCUAUUGACUUGCUGAAAUAUCAUGGCAUUGUCCCUUUCUACAAUCAUUUGGUGUCGUUCAAAUCAAAUACCGAUGGACAGAAAGGAGGCAAACACCAGCGAGCGAUUGUUCAAGAUGACAAUUUCAAAAAGCUUAUGGACCACAUCCAGCCAUGGUGUCGAAACCCCGAAUUCAUUGGACAUCCAAAGUUGGGAUACCUUAGAGAUAUAGUUCUGAAUCAUUUUAUGGACGCUGGCGAGGGGACAGCUGGUUCAUCGACGUCCAAUACCCGGUUAAUGAUUUUCGCCCAUUUCCGAGACAGUGCUGAAGAGAUUACAAGAGUCCUUAAGCGACAUGAACCAAUCAUACGACCGCAUGUCUUUGUAGGACAAGCCAGUGCUAAAGGUUCUGAGGGCAUGGACCAGAAAACCCAAUUAAGUGUCAUUGACAAGUUCAAGAACGGUACAUAUAAUACUAUUGUUGCGACAUCAAUAGGUGAGGAAGGACUGGAUAUUGGCGAAGUCGAUCUUAUUGUUUGCUAUGAUUCCUCCGCCAGCCCAAUUCGAAUGUUGCAACGAAUGGGCCGGACUGGGCGAAAGCGCGCUGGUAACAUCAUCCUACUUCUUAUGCAAGGCAAAGAAGAAGAAUCCUAUAUCAGAGCAAAAGACAACUACGAGAAGAUGCAAGAACUCAUUGCUAGCGGCACCAGAUUCACGUUCCACGACGAUAUAUCAGCGCGCAUUCUUCCCAAAGACGUGAAGCCAGCUGUUGACAAGCGGGUGGUCGAAAUACCCCCUGAAAACUCGCAAGAAAAUCUUCCUGAACCCAAGAAGAAAGGCCGUGCUCCAAAACGUCCUCCUAAGAAGUUUCACAUGCCGGAUGGGGUUGAGACUGGGUUUACGAAAGCUUCUCGAAUUGGCGAGAGCAAAGGCUCUGAUAUCCGUGAUAUGUUUCAGGCGAAAAAGAAGGAUAACAAAAAGCAAAGAGCCCCUGCCCCACCUGUGGAGGUUGUUACUGUCCCAUCUAACGAGGAAGUGGCAUUGACACCAGAACAAGAACAUCAACUCGAGGUCAGAUACCGCAAUGUCGGAGGUACGGCGCCUCAGUUUACCAGCCGACCACGCAACGAUGCCUAUCCCGACAUGCAGAGAUCCUCUAGACCAACAAAGUCUGUUGGACAUGGGAAUUUAACGCGGAGAAUGGUGGAUGUUUUGAGAAAGAUGGCUGCAACGGAGCCCAGUUGCGGUGGGAAAUACAAUGCGGUCCUAGACGACAUCCGAAAUAACGCCCAAACAUUGAUGAAGAACAAGGCUUCUACAGAACGCGAUCUGGGCUCAUCAAAUAAAACCAAGUCAGGAAGGGGUUCAAAGUCUGAUUUGCGGCCCUCGAGAAUGACAUCUAUAAGGGGCAGCCCGUCAACCUCGUAUGAAGACACCUUCGAUUCCGCCCAUGCUCGCUCCGUGCACUCCCCACAAGAUUUAUCCGAUGACGGAAAGAAUGGUUCUCUUUUUGUUUCUCAAGCGAGUCUUGAUACGGACUUUGACUUCCCCGACGUCGAAACACUUAGUCGACGUGUUGCUGCUUCCAGGGCUUCUAAGUCGAGGCUGACUGUAAUCGAUAGUGACGACGAUGACGAUUUUAAUUUUUUUGGCUAG